UCAGUGAUGGCGUCUGCUGAUCUGAGAGAUGAGCUGACCUGCUCCAUCUGCACAGACAUUUAUACCAAUCCUGUAACCCUGACAUGUGGACAUACCUUCUGCCGGCUCUGUAUCACAAGAACAUGGGACAACCAGGAGGAGAGGGAAUAUUCCUGUUCUGAAUGCAGACACAGGUUUAGGGUAAGACCUGAGCUUCAAAGAAACCUGAGAAUGUGUAACAUGGCGGAGAGUUUCCAAUCUGCUCACCCAGAGCAGGAGGAGGUUGGGAUCCUCUUUACUUUCUGUAUUCACUCUCCUGUACCUGCUGCUAAAACGUGUCUGAUGUGUGAAGCUUCUCUGUGUGAAGCCCACCUGAGGGUCCACAGCAAUUCAGCAGAACAUAUCCUAAUUGAACCCACCACUUCACUGGGGAACAGAAAAUGCUCCGUCCACAAGAAUGUCCUGGAGUAUUACUGCUCUGAGGAUGCUGCCUGUAUCUGUGUGUCCUGCUGGAUGGACGCAGAGCACAGGGGACACCAGGUAGAGACUCUGCAUGAGGCCUCUGAGAAGAAGAAGGAGAAACUAAGAAAUAUUCUGCAGAAACUGAUCUCACAGAGAGAGGAGGCUAAGAAAAAAGUCCAGAGCCUGCAGGAGCUCAGGAGAGAAGUGUCAGAAAAAGCAUCUGGGGUAACAGAGGAAGUCACUGCCCUGAUUAGUGGCAUUAAGAAACAGCUGGAAGCCCUAGAGAAGCGAGUCCUGAGUGUGAUCUCCAGGCAGGAAGUGUGGUGGAAUCUCGAGCAGGUCUCACUCCGAGUCUCAGAUCUAAUCUGGCAGCUGGAAAUAAAGAAGGAGGAUCUGUCCAGGAAGAUGGGUCACAUUGAGGAGCUGUGUAACAUGAUGGACCCAUUAACUGUCUUACAAGGACGGGAAUCAGACAGCGCUGACUAUUGUGAUACUGAGGAGGGAGAUAAUGAGGACAGAGAGAGAGAUGAUAACAAGGUCCGUGCUGUAUGGGAUCUGGAUGUGGGUCUGAUCUCAGUGACCUUAUACUCAGGAUUAGCUGGGAUUGUGACCGGAGUAAAGAGACAGCUCCAUGUACCGGCUAAUAUAUUACUGGGGGUAGAAUUAGCUUCAGACAUGUUACUGGAUGUAAACACGGCUGCUAAUAAUGUAACUGUAUCUGGUGACAUGAAAACUGUAUCCUGGUCACGUAUAAAGCAGAGUCGCCCAGAAACACCAGAGAGAUUUCAGGAUUAUCAAGUUUUAAGCUCCAGGAGUUUCUCCUCAGGGCGACAUUACUGGGAAGUGGAGAGCAGUGAAUCAGGGCAAUGGAUGGUAGGGAUGGCCUAUCGCAGUAUAGACAGGAAAGGAGGUCAGUCACUGAUUGGAUAUAAUAACAAGUCCUGGGGUUGGGGAAGGAGCUGGUGGUAUAAUAAUCAGUAUUAUGUGAGACAUGACAGUAAAGAUAUCGAGUUACCUCCUCCCCCCCCUUCCAGCCGGAGAUUCUGGAUAUCCCUGGACUACGAGGACGGGCGGCUGUCCUUUUAUGAGCUGUGUGACCCCAUCAGACACUUACACACCUUCACUGCCACCUUCACUGAGCCGCUUCAUGCUAUAUUCGGGAUAUAUGGGGGCAAUGCCUGGCUGAAAAUGUAUUGAAUGAUUUAUUAAUCUAAUUAAAGAGAUUUAACUGGAAAUCCCGGAGUGGGAAUCCGGAGCCGGUAAUACUGAUCUGGGUGUGGGCGGAGCAUCAUAACAGGGUUAGCCCCACCCACUUGAACUGAGUGUGGGUGGAGCCUGUUACUAAGCAACAGCUGCUCUGUGUGUCACUGUUUGUGAUUGUGGGUGAAUGUUACUGACAUUAAAGCAGGAUUACUCAAUACAGACAAACGUCUCUAUAAUUAAACUAUAGUCACAGCUUGUAUCCUGCAUGCUAGAGAUUGCUUUUUAAUUCAAAUCCGUGUGUGUUUUGGUUUGUCCUGUCUGAGUGUAAUGGGAGUUAUAGUUUAUUGUAUCUGAAAUGUCAGCUACAGGCAGCCUCUGGUACUGGUAGCUGUUCUGGACUUCAACUCCCAUCAUGUGUUUUACGCCUGCACUAUGUGUGCGAAU